AUGAAAAGUGUGCGUUUGGUAGUGGUGGUGGCGGCGAUGUUGGCAGUUUGGCUGCUGCCGGUGAAAAGUGACCGAAUUUUGGCGAUUUUUCCGUCGCCAGCGAAAAGUCACCAGAUUGUGUUCCGCGCCUUCGUUGACGGACUGUUGGCCAGGGGUCACCAGCUAACUGUGAUGAGUCCGGAUCCGUUCGAGACGGACAAUCCAAACAUUACCCAAAUUGACUGGAGUUAUGGAUACAAAGUGGUUAACGAGAUUGGGGACGUGGCAAAGGUGACCCAGGAAGGGUGGAGUGCGUUUCGAGUGAUUACCAAACUGUUGUCCGUGGCUGAACGAUUGGUUGAGGUAGAACUGGCCCAUCCGGAAGUGCAGGCCAUGAUCCAGAACCCGGUGGAGCAGUUCGAUGCUGUGGUUGUGGAGUACUUCAUGAUGCCACCGUUUCACGCGUUCGCCGAGUUGUACAACGCUCCGUUGAUCGGGAUUACGUCCAUUGAUUCCGUGGCGUACGCGCAUGAUAUCGUUGGAAACGUGGCCAACAUUAUGACCCACCCGGAGAUGAUUCACUCGUUUUCGCGGGAUCUUUGCUUUUGGCAGCGCAUUUUGGCUUUCGCCACCAGGAUCGUUUCGGAUUAUUACAUGUUCCCGAUGUCGUUCAAAAAGAUGGAUGAAAUUAUCGAGUUUAACUUUGGGACAAACAUGAGCAAAUCGAACGAGCUCAUGAACCGGCUUGACUUCCUCAUGACCAACGUUGAGCCGGCGCUGGGUUUCGUCCGACCAACGGUGCCACAAGCCAUCCAGCUGGGAUUCCUGCACGUGAAACCUCCAAAGCCCCUCCCGAUGGGUCUUCAGCGGUAUCUGGACUCGUCCGAGCACGGUGUUAUCUACUUUAGCUUUGGAACGCUGAUCCGUACCCAGUCGUUGCACACAGUGGUCGUUACGAUUUUGCUGGAAACGUUCAAAACUCUCAAGUACGACGUUCUGUGGAAGGUUGACGAAAGAAUUGACCUGAACAAUGCCACCAAUGUGAAGGUAGUACGCUGGGUGCCCCAACAGGAUGUUUUGGGUAAGUGGUGCAUGUGA